AUGUUUGAUUCUACGGCAGAUGAGAUGAACAGCAGCGCUAAAGCAACGUAUACGCAGAUCCUUGUGGCCUCCUCCGUGGGGCUGAUCAUAGCAGCUGCGCUGCAUUACCGCAUCAGGAAAGUACUCGACAGGAAGAUCAUACCUCGGAAGAGAAUCUCCGCUGCCGACCAGGUUUUGAGCAUUGAGAAGUUCUCUCACUAUGUAGCCAGGCAGAUGGGAUUCAAAGACAGGAGAGAAUGCCCACAUUUGUGUAAGUUGGCAUCCGAAUACAUUAAAAAAGCUGAGGGAUGCGAAGAAGACAUGUACGCGUUUUUUGCAAAUGAUCCUGAAUGUGAUUCUCUCUUCAUCAAACUGGUGGAAGAAUUCGAAAGAUGCAUCCUCAGCUACUUUGCGUUCCACUGGAAACAUACGUCGUUUAUGCUCAGCCAGGUGCUGGGUGCCGAAGAGCCGAAAAAGAAGCUCAAGAACAUCGUCAUGCAAGCAACGAGAGAACAGAGAGUUGAGAGGGUGACAAAGAAUCUAAAAGUGGCAAGAGUGUUUACCACAUUAGUGGAGGAGAUGAAAGCUAUUGGACUCGUGACAAACGACGAUUCACAGUGCACGAAUGUCAUGGUACCAAUGGCUCAUAGCGACAGAAGUCCAGUGCUCCUCCUCAUGGGUGGUGGGAUGGGGGCCGGGAAGAGUACUGUGCUCAAGGACAUUCUCAAAGAACCAUUCUGGGCUGGAGCAUCAGGGAAUGCAGUUGUCAUCGAGGCAGAUGCCUUUAAAGAGUCGGAUGUCAUCUACAGAGCCUUGAGCUCUAGGGGGCACCAUGACUUGCUUCACACUUCUGAACUGGUGCACCAAUCAUCUACAGAUGCAGCAUCAUCCCUGCUAGUAACUGCACUCAACGAAGGGCGAGAUGUGAUCAUGGAUGGAACUCUUUCGUGGCUGCCAUUCGUCGUUCAAACAAUAAACAUGGCCAGGUCUGUUCACCGUCGCAGAUACCGCAUGGGAGCUGGCUACAGACAAGAUAAUAACGGGGUCGUGACAGAGAACUACUGGGAACAAAUGGAUGAAGAACAAGAACAUGAAGGAAAUACGAAGAGAAGACCAUACAGGGUAGAGUUGGUUGGCGUUGUUUGUGAUUCUUAUUUAGCUGUCAUCAGAGGAAUAAGGCGAGCUAUAAUGUGUAGAAGGGCAGUGAGGGUGAACUCUCAGCUGAAAUCACACAAGAGAUUUGCAGAAGCAUUUAUGACAUACUGCAAUCUAGUAGACAAUGCUCGACUUUACAGCACUAAUGCGUUAGAAGGCGCUCCUAAGCUUAUAGGAUGGAAAGACAAAGACAAGACUCUGUUGGUCGAUCCGGAUGAGAUAAGUUGUCUGAGCAUGGUAUCCAAGCUGAACGAAAAUGCAGAUUCAGUUUUUGAUCUCUACAAGACCUUCCAUCCGGCUUUCGAAGAAGGCUCUGUGUGGAACGACAUAGUUUUGUCCCCUUCAAGGUUGAACAUCCAGAAAGAACUAAAGUACUCUAUUCAGAAAGCUGAGGCAAUGAGAGAGUGAUCACAAGAAAACAAUUACAUACGUACCGGUACAUGUAAGAGUGGAGAUAUAUAGAUCUUGAUGGAGUUGUCUACCUAUAUGGAUACUGUUUAGAUAAUACUGAGAUGGGAUUUACAGAAUCAUCAUUAAGACAUUUGGCAGUGGGGAAAACAAGUUCAAAAGGCACAGGCGCACAGCUUCCUAAAUGCAGACUGAAAACUUAGCAGCAAAAUUCUAGAGGUUUUUAUCACUUGUCUAUAUUGUGAAAAGAAGAUAUAUUUAGAGACAUUUUAUGUGUCGUAAUAAGGGUAAAACAUUAUCAGCAAUCAACAACUAAUUAAGAACCUCCUACCUUAAAUUCCAUGUAUAACACUAAGAGACAUAAUAUUCUAGCAAAGCACACGUUAAAAAUCAUGAAUCAAGGUAAAUUUCUCUUAAAUAUACAAAAAGAAAAAGGAGGAAUUUAAGCAUCAAAAGGAUGAGCUCCAACUCUAGUAGUGGAGUGACCUCAGGCAGAUUCCAUGAAUAGGCGGUUUUGUUGAUUAUGCAGGAACCCAAACAUUAUCCAUAGAAAUAAGUUAAUGGUUGAGAGGUGGCAAUGUAUUCCGGUUAAAUCAUUAUCUGAAAAUCCAUAGAGAUAUUUACAUUCAUCUUAAACUUUAUUGAUGCAAUCUCUUAGGAUGAUAUCAAGAUAUAUGUUUAUAGUAUCCAGAGCUUAUAUAGCUGGAUAUACCACUUUCAGCCUAAGAAAGAAUUAUGAAGAUGGGAAAUGCCUACCUUUGUCUGCAGAUAUCAAGCUUAUAAACCAGCAUCUCCUACCAUCAAGUUCUUUUACAUCUAUAUCGCUAUAGCAGAAUUCAACAACGCUGCUUAACUAAACUAGAAAAGCUUUUAUGUUUAAGCUUUAAACCCUGUACUGUUUAUUUACACCUCAGCAAUAUGUUUUCAAAUACGUGGCCUCACACAAGGCUGUUGCAGCAUGCAACCUACUUUUUGGCUGUAAUGUUCAUGAAUACUUGCACUGCUAAGUUCAAAAUCCUUUAGGCAUUUAGCUGUAUAGUGUCGAGUUAUAGAUCAUGCCAUCAUGGAACUGAAUAAAACUGAGCCAAAUAUUUGACUCUCUGCAAAUACUCCAAUUAACACAGUUACAAAUGACCUUAAAUAUCUCCACAUUCCCCUUUGCAAUGGUGAUGCAGUCAAGAAAAUGCAGUAAUAAGCAUGUUGGAAUUGACCGAGAAGGGUAUUAAAAACGUACCCAUAGCUGAAGUAAAUGGCCUACAAAAGCGUGGUCCAGUGCUUUGCGUACAUAUUUCGGAAUCCCCCCAUCCCUCCCUUGUUCACUCAUCUUCUUCAAACUUGAUAUGUUCUCACGCAAUCGCACAUGAACCCUGCAAUUUGGCAAGCGUGUGCCGCCAGUGAUUGGGCUCAACCCUAGCCACCAAAUGCUCAAGCUAU